AUGAAGGCAAAAGAUUUUGAUUAUUUGUUAAAUCUAGUUAAGCCUCUAAUAACGAAGCAGACUACAAGAUUCCGGGAACCCAUUUCUGCCACCGAACGUUUAGCGGUUACUCUUCGUUACUUGGCAACAGGUGAGAGUUUCAGAUCUCUCCAGUUUGUAUUUCGGAUACCGUUUAAUACAAUCUCGGUUAUAGUUCCAGAAGUUUGUAAUGCAAUUUACAAUGUACUGCAGCCGGAAUAUUUAAAGACACCAUCAACCAUCGAAGAAUGGAAAGCUAUAUCUGAGGAGUUUUUGCAUACGUGGAAUUUUCCCAAUUGCAUAGGAGCUUUAGACGGAAAGCACGUGGUUAUGAAAGCACCAGCACAUUCAGGAAGUAUUUAUUACAAUUAUAAAGGCACACAUAGCAUAGUCCUAAUGGGGAUUUCGGAUGCAUCUUAUAAAUUCCUGUAUAUUGAUGUUGGAUCAAAUGGUCGGAUAUCAGAUGGUGGCGUUUUUCGCAAAAGUUCCUUCAAUGAAGCUAUGACCAAUAAUAAACUUAAUUUGCCACCUUCUGAACCACUUCCAUCUAGAAAUAUUCCGGUACCAUAUGUGCUUGUUGCUGAUGAUGCAUUCGCUAUCUCACCACACUUGUUAAAACCCUAUAGCUUGCGAACAUUAACG